GGUGACGUAAUCACGCACGCAGUCUCCAGUCAGUGCUGGCACAUUUCCAGUUCGGUCACGUUAUGCGGAGCAGGCAGCGGCCAUGGCUUGGAAGUCGCGGACCCGCAGUCUACAGGUGUUCGACACGGAGCUGAGUGCGGAUACGGUGGAGUGGUGUCCUGUUUCAUCCGACCACGACGUGCUGGCCUGCGGCACCUAUCAGCUGCACAAAGGGGUGGGGGAGGAUGACGCCACCCCGAGCCGGACUGGCCGUUUGUACCUUUUUGAAUUCCGUCGGGAGGGUCCGAUGAUCCCUCCGCUGACUGAGCUGCAGCGCAUCGACACAGCGGCUAUUUUGGACUUGAAAUGGUGUCACGUCCCCGUGUCCGAGAGGCCCGUGCUAGGAAUGGCUGCUGCUACAGGGGAGCUGCAGCUGUUCACGCUGUCUGGAAGUCAGGACGGCGGCCGCAGCCUGCAGCCUCUGAGCAGUUUGGAGGUGGGAGCUGAGCGGCUGGCUCUGUCUCUGGACUGGUCCACUGGGAGGCUGGACAGCAGUGACAUCCGGGUGGUCUGCAGUGACUCGGCGGGAUGCGUCAGCGUGCUCUCUCUGGCCGAAGGAGCCCUGACGGCUCUGUCACAGUGGAAAGCUCACGACUUCGAGGCCUGGAUCUCAGCCUUCUCCUAUUGGGACACACAGCUGCUUUACUCUGGUGGUGAUGACUGCAAACUGAAGGGUUGGGAUCUCAGAGUCGGUCCUUCCAGUCCGACGUUCACCAGUAAAAGGCACUCGAUGGGCGUCUGCAGCGUCCACAGCUCGCCUCACCGGGAGCACAUCGUGGCCACCGGCAGCUACGACGAGCAGGUGCUGCUGUGGGACGGCCGGAGCAUGAAGCGGCCGCUCAGCGAGACGCCGCUGGGCGGCGGCGUGUGGAGGCUGAAGUGGCAUCCCACCAAUCAACACCUGCUGCUGGCGGCGUGCAUGCACAACGACUUCCACGUGCUGCACUGCCAGCAGGCUCUGGAGGGCGGUGAGGGAGCGUGCCCCGUCGUGGCCUCCUACAUCCUCCACAACUCGCUGGCGUACGGCGCCGACUGGUCCCGGCUGUCCCUGGAGGACCCGGCCCCCCGCUCCCCUCCCCCGGCCGCCGCCGCAGCAGAGGAACCUUUGGCUGAGAGCGUGGGACACUUGAGGAUACAGUACGAGUCUCCCACCGCCAGCUUCGACACCUCCCUGGAGGACGACGCCGGGCGCUACAUCCCCGAAGUGGCGGCGGCGGCGCCACCUCCCCCCGCCGCCGGACCCCCCCUACACCCGGACACGGACGCCGCCUCCGUGUCUUGUCUGCUGGCGAGCUGCUCCUUCUACGACCACAUGCUGCACGUGUGGCGCUGGGACUGGACGCCAGAGGAGGCGGAGCCGUGCUGAGGAGGGGGCGGUCCUUCGACCUUCAGCUUCUAGCGCCUCUGUUCCUCUUGGGGCAAUAAAAUCUAAAUCUUUUUAUAAAAUAUGAAGCUGGCGACAUUUUUUAAAACCCAAAAAUUUCAUUUUUGUCAACAGUCUGGGACAAAACGCCUGUAGCUGACUGAAAAUCCUAUUUCAGCUGUAAUUUGGGCAUUCUGUUUUCACACAUUAGAAAUAAUAAAUCAAUCAUUUUAUAAUGAUUGGUUGUGAUUUUUUUUUACGG